GCCACGCCCCCCGGGUGACAGCCUGUGGCGCCUUCCAUCGUUGUUCUUUCUCUCUCUCCCCUCUCCGUAUUUCUGCUUGAAAACUGCCACUUUUGCGAAGUCAUCUUGUUUGGAUUUAUUUUCCGGACAUAAGAAAACUUACACGGGGGACGAGGGGUUUCAGUGCGAUUCUCGUGCAUACACGUCCAGGGACACCUGAGCAAGCCAUGAAGCCCUUCCCUGCCAUUACUACGCUGCUGCUGCUGUCGUUUUUCAACUGGUCCUGGGCUGCCAAAAUUGUCGUUGUGCCUCCCAUCAUGUUUGAGAGCCACCUGUACAUUUUUAAAACGCUGGCCACCGCACUGCAUGCUGAAGGUCACGACACAGUCUUCCUGGUGUCGGAGGGCCGAGACGUGCCAGAGUCGGAACACUAUAGGUUCCAGCGCUACCCCGGCAUUUUCAACAGCUCCACGGCCGAUGACUUCCUUCAGUCCAAAGUGCGCAACAUCUUCUCUGGCCGCCUGACUGCACUGGAGCUCUUCGACAUCUUGGACCACUACUCGCAAAACUGUGACGCAGUGGUGGGCAGCGAGGCCGUGAUGGCGCAGAUGAAGCGGGAGAACUUUGACCUGCUGCUGGUGGACCCCAAUGAGAUGUGUGGCUUUGUCCUCGCGCACAUCUUGGGCGUCCCGUACGCCGUCUUCAGCACCGGACUGUGGUACCCGGCGGAGGUCGGGGCCCCUGCACCCCUCAGCUAUGUCCCAGAGUUCAACUCGCUGCUGACAGACCGCAUGACAUUUCUGCAGCGCGUGACCAACACGGCUGUCUACCUGGUGUCACGCUUCGGAGUGCAGUUCCUGGUGCUGCCUAAGUACGACCGCAUCAUGAAGAAGCACAACAUCCAGCCGGCCGUCAGCAUGCACGAGCUGGUGCAGAGCAGUCGCCUGUGGAUGCUGUGCACGGACAUGGCCCUGGAGUUCCCCAGGCCCACUCUGCCUCAUGUGGUCUACGUUGGGGGCAUCCUGACCAAACCACCUAGCCCUCUUCCUCAGGAGUUCGAUGACUGGGUGAAGGACACAGAUAAGCAUGGCUUUGUGGUGGUGUCGUUUGGUGCAGGGGUGAAGUACCUGUCGGAGGACAUCGCUCACAAACUGGCUGGAGCUUUGGCACAGCUGCCCCAGAAAGUCAUUUGGAGGUUCUCUGGAGUACCUCCCAGCAAUUUGGGGAAUAACACAAAACUCGUGGACUGGAUGCCACAGAACGAUUUGCUGGGUCACAAGAAUACACGUGCGUUCCUGAGCCAUGGGGGGCUGAACAGCAUCUAUGAAGCCAUGUACCACGGCGUGCCAGUGGUGGGGGUGCCUCUGUUUGGGGACCACUACGACACCAUGACCCGUGUGCAGGCCAAAGGCAUGGGCCUCAUGCUGGAGUGGAAACGAAUGAGUGAGCAGGAUCUGCACACCGCCAUGCUCAGUAUCAUCACAGACAACAGGUAUCGUGACCGAGCACACAUGUUGUCCAACAUCCAUAAGGACCAGCCUGGUCACCCUGUCAGCAGAGCUGUCUACUGGAUCAACUACAUCCUGCGUCACAACGGGGCCCCACACCUGCAAUCAUCUGUCUACAGCAUCUCCACCUAUCAGUACUUUCUAUUGGACGUAGUGGCCGUCAUGGCUACUGCCAUGUUGCUGAUUGGUUACUGCCUUUACCGAACAGGCAGGGCAAUAAGAGCCAGGUUUUGGAAAGGGGCAGAGUCAGAAAUGAUGGCCAAGGAGAAUGGACAUUGCCAUAACGGCAUUCCAAAUGGAAAGCUUAAACGCAAUGGACACAUCAAGAGCAAUGACAAGAAGCUGAAGUAGAGUGCAAACGAGCACAAACAUGUAAACACCAUCAGGCGAAUAUCAGCAAUGCAGAAUGCAGAGAGUAUGACAUCCAAACUACAACACUACAACAUUAAAGCAACACAACACAAUAGUGGGGCAGCCAAAGUCUACGUAAGCAACAAAAUAUAAACACAAACACACACACACUCUCUGCUAUGUGGAAUUUCAAGAACUUUGAAGGACGUUUGUGUUUGGUGCGCCCUCCCUCUCUCGUUCUUACAGUUUGCACUCGUUCUUUGGAUAGGUGUGAAUGUUGAUGUGCAGUUUCUCAGAAUGUCCAAUCUAUUCUUGAAAAGAGAGAGUCGAAGAUUUUAAAAAGCAGUUUUAAUUUUAAAGGAUUAACGUUUUUAACAAAACCAUUGUGCUAUCCAGCAUCAGGUAUCUGUAUAUAUUAAAAUGCAAAGUGAUUAUUUAUUUCAGUAACUGUAACUAAUGCUGAAUAGCAGCAAUAGUAAUUCUGUCAUGAAUUAGUUAUAACAGGGCAACAAACUGGUUAUUUCAUAAUUUAUUUUGAGAUAUACGAGUGAAACACUCCCUUAUGGUCAGUAUGAACCCGUGUACACUCUCAACUUUCACCUUUGACCCGUCCAGUGUUUGUGUCUGACCCUGUCUUAUGUCUAGACCUAAUGCCUCGCUUCAAACUUGACAUGAAGGAAAAAUGUCAUCUUUUGUGAAAUGAUAAAUUGUGUUCAUCCGUUCUGUAAUCAUAAGUCAACAGGUGACUCCGUACACUAACGAUCCCUAGGAUUCAGUUUUGUAUUUAUAAUUUGACGUGAGGCUGGUGGUUUGUAAGCAGAAGCUAGCUUUGUGAAGGAAGCAAUAAUCUGGCGUGUGAGUAUGCAUGCUCCAGUAAGCUAUGUGAGAGAUAUGAAGCGCGUGUGUGUGUGUGUGUGUGUGUGUGUGUGUGUGUGUGUGUGUGUGUGUGUGUGUGUGUGUGUGUGUGUGUGUGUGUGUGUGUGUGUGUGUGUGUGUGUGUGUGUGUGUGUGUGUGUGUGUGUGUGCGCCGGUGAAUAAUUAAGAUGAAACUAGACCCAGUGUUCGAUGUUUAAAACUCUUGGACGGGACUCCCUAUCUGUUCACUUGGCCCUUUGAUCUUAUUCUUAAAAAAAAACUUUUAGAACUUUUUCUCUUCUCUCCCCCCACCUGUCUUUGUAUUGAGUUUGUGAUGCACACGAUGUCUUUUGUUUCUUUACAUAGUUCUGUUGCAGUUCAGUGAUGGAGUUUUGGAUUGUCCUUGAAUGUUUACGUGUUCUUUGCACUGAGCUCAUCUGGGGAUGCAUUUCUGCUCUAUCUGUGUGGUAUUAAUCAAUGUUCAACCAUGACUGACUCUCUACCGCACGGUUCUCAAUCAUCAAACACAAGGGCAGUCUUGUUGUCAGUGAAGCUGUUUCUCUAUGAGCCUUAGUACUCUGCCUUGCUGCACUGCAAAACACUGAUACUUGAAUUUGAAUUGCUAAGUUAUCGCUAUAUGCUCCUGGCAGGGCUACUAUCAACAAGGUGCUGCACAGCUGCCUGCGGGCAGACGUACCAAAGCUAUGACUGGGGAAAUAGUGACACACAUACACAUGCACGCACGCACACACACACACGCACGCUGCAGAACCUGAAUGUUGUGAUUUCAGUAUUAAUUCAAGGGAAUCCAGCUGUGAGAGAGAGUUGAGAAAGCACUUCCUGUAAGCUCCGCCCCCCCAGACCGUGUCUUCUUCUCUGAUCUUGUUCUCUCACUUUGUCUCCGUAUGCAGUCUAGCCGGUGAGGUCAUGUGUUCCGAGGUCACCUCCCAGGGGCCUGUCCCUGUAUGCUCAUCUCCGUGUCAUAGCUUUACAUUCAGUGCCUGUCUAUACCCGCUCAUUCUCUAUUUUUUUUUCUGACUUUCUGUUAUUCCUAGUUCCUUCUUUAUAUAAUCUCCAUCUCAUCUCUCUUGUUGUCUUGAUCGUCUCCCCUGUCUCCAACCCUCUUUCAGUCUCCCAUCCGUCCUUCCCUUCCACGUUGACAGAUUGUUGAGUUUGUAGCUGCUUGUUCCUGCAGUAGGUAUUUUUUACAUUGAUAGAAACAUGUUAAGCUGCCUUUCGUGCAUGUCCCAUGUUGUAAUGUAAAUAUAUAACAUGUAAUAAACAAAGACAAAUACUAAUGCUCAAUAAACAUUCCACAUUUUA